AUGGCAUCAUUAGAAGCAAAGUCAACCACAAUUGGGGUAAUUGGGACAACAGGUAGAGAUAAAUCAAGACCAUUAAAUAGUAAACAUUUUGAUUAUUUGUGUGAUACAUUUCGGCAAUAUCUUAAUAAUUUAGAAACACAACACAAGAUAGAACUAAACAAUAUAACAUUAAUAAGUGGGGGUGCGGCAUGGAGUGAUCAUGUUGCAGUUGAUUAUUUUUUAAAAAACCCAACAACUUGUAAACUUAUUAUCCAUUUACCAUGUUUAAUCGUUGGUUAUAAAGUUGAUGAGAAAAUAACACAAUAUCGAUUUGAUGUUGAACAUCCAAAUGGUGUAAUAACCAAUGGAUAUCAUUCAAACUUUAGCAAACAAAUUGGAAGAGAUACAAUACUUGAUUUAAUAAAAGCCAAAGAAUUGGGUGCAAUUUUAGAUAAUUCAGAAUUUGGCUUUAAAAAUAGAAACACAAGUAUCGCUAAACAGUCUGAUUUUUUAGUUGCUUUUACAGGAGCUGUUGGUCCUGCACCACUUGGUGGUGGAACACUUGAUACUUGGAAAAAAUCAAAAUCAUUAUAUAAACAUCAUAUCUCAAUACCUGAAUCUUUCACUUCAAUUCAAUCUGUAUUAAAAAAAUAA